CCCUACUUCAUAAUGACUUUUUAUUUACUCAUAAAAAAUGUUAUAUUUUGUUAGAAAGAAUUUACGUUUGUUUUUAAAAGAAAAAUGUCGACCCUUCUAUUGCAUUUUGUAUGGUCGAAGAAAGGAUACCUGGAAGAAGACCCGAUACAUCAGCAGUGCUUUGGUGGGAGCCUUUUGCGCAUGCCUCAUAUGCAAAAUAUUUUUUACCUCUUUGGCAGUUCCAAAGAAACAUGAACAUUUUGUUUUGAUAAUUGUCAUUCUAGUCGUGGGUUUUGGCUUUGUGUUCACGGAUGGUGUAAAGUGUGUGGUAUUUUUGAUAUUCAUUGCGCUGUUGGGAAAAUCUGGUCGUGGCUUUUUGAGGGCUUUAUGUUUUGCAUUUGUCAUAGCAGGUCCCAUUGAAAAUCUCUCCUCAAAUGCCGGCGAAAUAGUUCGAGUAUUUUCCUGCUCCAAAAUGUUAACCUUAAAUUUAACACGCACCCGUUUUGAUUUGAUGACCAAACCUUUUCAAAAUACCUUGGCUCACAUCAAAGAUGACAUAAGAGAGGUUCAAAAUACAUUCAAUGAACUACGCGAUGUGACAAAAGCCCUACAUCAAGAAAUCAUGGAAGAGGAUCCUCCUUUGACAGAUGAGCUAUACGAGCGAAUGAUAGAAAGCAACUCAACUACGAACAUAACUUUCGAGCAUGAAAUACAAAAACGUCAGAUUGAUUUCCUUAGUAAUCUUUCCGCCGAAGAUGUGGAGCAAAGAUAUAAAAAUAAAUUUCGCAAACGUUGUCAGCUACAGUUGGAGAGUGGCAAAGCUCGUUGUAGCAAGGCUUUUUCAAAUUCAUUGGCAAGGUGUAAAGAAAAAAUGCCUUAUAUGCUGAAAACUCUUCUCUGCUGGCCUUUGAAAAUUGAUAUUGCAUGUAAAAUCAACAUGCUAGGUAAUCCCGAUAAAAUUUGUGAUCCUUCAAGUGCCAUACCAGCAGAUUUUGGGCAAACUUAUAUGGAUUUAAUAAAAACAGAAGAGCAUCUGUACCAGGGGAGUUCUGAUGUUAAGGUUCACUAUGUAAUUGCUAGUCCAGAAACAAUGCCGGAAUAUCAAUCUGUCAAAGAAACUGCCAAGUCUGUGGCCAAAGAGUUUAGUAUUAGAAAACGAAUUUUCGAUUCUAUUCUGGGGAUUCUCGAACAAGUGUUGGCUUUUAUGCUAUUUAAAGUUUUUAUAGCUUGUGUUUCAUAUCACAGACGCUACGUAAGCAACAUUGAUCAUGAUAAUAUUUAUAUAACAGAGUAUUUCAAACACAUUGACCAGGAUAGGAAAAGGCGAGGCAAAAAGUCGAUAUUGCCUUUAAGAAAGUAUGAGAAACAUAAUCUCAUCGAUGUGGCCAAUGUGUGGCAACGCACUACUGAGGAAUCCCGUGCCAUAGUAUUUCAUUUGCUGCAGUUUGCAUUGGAAAUUGUAGCAGGUUUAUUCUUUCUAUUUUUGGACUAUGUCAUUGUUACGGUCCUAGUAGUGAUACGUAAAAAUUCCGAGAUGUCUUUUGUGCAGGAGGGAGAACAUAAUAUAAAUUUCUCUAUUAAAGGUUCUGGAUUGAUAGCUCGCCUUCUAAGAACCACUAUGCAUAACUUCAAUAUGCAUGAAACAGUUUCAACUUUUAUGACCAAUGAACCUUGUUUGCCUAGGCCAAGUGAGCUGCCAAGAAGGUUUUAUUUAAAACAAUUAGGCUUAUAUGCCAUAGUCAUAUUUUUGAUAUACCAAAGUGCAAUAAUUAUGCGCAUGCGCCGUUUGAUCUGCAGCUAUUUCUUAAGAAAACGUGAGAAGGGACGUAUUCUUUACUUGUACAACAGUUUGCUAAAGCAGCGCCGUUCCGCCAAGGAAGCAAUGCUAAAACAGGCCAAAUUAAAUUUUGCCAAUCGUAAAAUACGCUUGGAAAUUAAUAUUUUACUGAAAUUACGUUUUCGUUGGCCCCAACACUUCGAUUGGCUAAAACGAUUUCAAGCUGGUCGCAGAAAGUGUGUCAUAUGUGCCAAUCUUGAAGAUGACUCUUUUGUAAUAUGUAGCAGUCCCUUGUGUGGAGUGUCGUAUUGUGAUGAUUGUUGGCAGGAUAUGGGCAAUGAAUGUCUUGUGUGCAAUGAAAUCAUAUCAACGAAUACAAUUCUAAAUUUUGAGGAUUUUUUUGCAAUAGUCUCGAGAGUGUAGAGGCAUUUGUUACUGGGGAAAUAUUAAAAGCAAAAAGUUGAAAAAACCG